GUAAUAUAAUUAUAAUCAACUAAACGGUUAAUAACAAUUUAGAGUAUGAAAAUUUAUAUAAACUAAUCCAUAUACGGAUAACGGUACUUUUUUUCAUGUGUUGUUUGUUUAUUAUUCAAGCUUCCUCCGCUUCAUGUUGUUCAUCAUCAUCAUCAUCAUCAUCCUCAUCAUCGUCAGUAUCAUCAUCAUUAUCAACAUACACACACAUAUACACAAAGUCCAGACAAUCAACAACAAUUUAUUAAUCACACACCUUAAUCUCCUUUUGAUUAUCAUCUUUUUAUUUUUAUGAGUAAACAAAAUAUUAGAUAACAACAGAAAGAUGAUAUUUGAGACAAUUUAAUCCCAUUGUAGUAGGUUGAUUGUUGAUUGUUUAUCUUAAUUCAUUCAUGAUUUGAUGAUGAUGAUGAUGAUGAUACAACCAGUAAAGGUUUAAUCAAACUUGAAUCAGUAAAUACAUUAUAAGGUUAAGGUUUCUCAUUGUGACUCUUUAAAAGUUAAUUGUUGUUGUUGCCAAGUUUUAAUGUCAUCACCAUUAUGUUAAUCAACUUGAUUAAGAUUAAGAUGAUUGUAAUUAAGGUGGAGGAGUUUUUUUUAUUUCUGCCUCAUUAUUUGUAAUUAAAUUAUUUAAUUGAUUAAUCUACUAAUUGAGGUAAACGUGUUAUUACAUUUUCAAUUUAAUUGUAAAUUAUUUUUUCACUCUAAUUGUAACAUUGUUAAAUUAUUGCCUUUUUCCAAUGGUUGGUUGGUUGAUUGAUUGAUUUAUUAACUAUAAUUACUGUUAUUGAUUACAAUUGUUAUAUUUACUAUUAUUAUAUGUGUGUAUUUAUAUAUAUAUGUGUGUGUAUACUUGUAGGCCUUUUAUCAAGGAUGUAAAUUGAAAAAAUUAACUCAUUAAUACACUAAUUGUGAGAAACAAUGAAGUUAAUUUGUAAAUUAUGGUUUGAUGAUUAACUUUGAUCAAUUGAUUAGUUUCGGGAAGGAAGAAGCUGUUAAAAGAUUGAUUAUCAUUAUUGAUUGUUAAUCAUCUUCCAAGUUAAUUAGUUUACCUUAUUAAGAGAGAAAUCUUAAUCAAAUUAGUAAACCAUAGUAUUAUAAACUAAGUGUAGUUUAAACAACAAUUAGCUAAUUGUAAACAAGUGGAUUAUGAAAAGAUGAGAUAAACAAAUUGUCAAUUGUUGUUGUGAUAUUUGGGAAUAAUAUUUAAUUGUUUACAAUCAAUUUAAGUUUAUAAUAAAUUGUUAAACACGGAACAAGGAAGAGGACACAGAGAUGUUUAAUUAUAAUUAGCUUACUAUUGAUUAACAAAUUAGAUUGUCAUGAGAAAUCAAAUGAUUAUGAAGAAAAAGUUAAUUGAAAUUGAAAGUAGUUUGCUUGAUAAUAUUAACUAUCAACAGGUUACCUGUCAACAAGUUGUUGAUGACACUUCCAGAUGACCAAGAGAUGACCUUAAUUUACAAUUUUCCAGUUAAUUAAGUGUUAAUGAUAAUAAUAAACUAUUAAUCUUAAUUUAGAGUUGAUUUAGAGUUGAAAUUAAAUCAACAUGGAAAGCGGAUCGAUGUUUAUAUUCAAAUAUACUGACCAUUGGGCAGGGCUACCAAAUAAAUAUAAAUAUCGGUCCAAUUGACUGAUUGCUUAUCAUUUCAAUAUCUAAAUUGUUCAAUCAAACAUCAUAAUCAUAAUCGUAAUCUUAAUAAUCAUCAUCAUCAUUUUCGCAAUAACAAUUAAUACCUCAAAGUGAAAGUGAAAGGAAAAUAUUUCAUUCAUUGAAAUUCAGUUAUUCAGUUUAAUCACUUGUUUAUCUUGUGUGUUUAUCAACAAAAUUAAAAAAAUACUCAGGUAGUUAUAAGGAUAAUCAAGGAUAAUUAAGAUUACCAAUUUUUCUAUUCUUAUUGUUUACAUUGUUUAUCAAUAGAAAGAUGCAAAGUAAACUUGUUUUCAUGUUCUUAUCGUUAAUUGUGAUCAUUUUGGUUAAUUGUUCACCGACCUCAUCGACAAUGUCACGUCGUAAGAUGAUGAAAUUGAAGAAAUUAGCGGCAUUGGCGUUGAUUCUGAAAUCGCAGAAAAAGAAACUGUAUGCGAUUCCAAUUCCAAUUCCACUUCCAAUUCCAAUAUAUAAAAACAAGAUGAUGGGUCAAGCUGAAUUUGUCCAAGAGCAACAAUCAAAUUUGGUGACUAAUCAUCAACAUCAACCCACUCCAAUGGCCCACUCGCAGGGUCAGAUGAUUAUGGUUGAUCAAAAUCAACCUUUAAUUGCAACAUCACCAGUACACCAUCAAAUUCCGGUUCCGGUUCAAAUGGCACUUCAACAAUCAUCACAGAAUCAUCAUCAUCAUCAUCAUCAGCAUCUUCUUCCUUCUCAUCCUUCAACGAUUCCGAUACCUGUUGAAUAUCACCAAGAAUCAACACCAACAGGAGUUUGCCAUCAAUAGGAAUUGAUCAUCAAUUGAAAUUUAAUUGUGCCAAACAUUAAUUUCUAAUGAUUAACAAUCAUUAGAAUGAGUCUUGAAUGAUUGAUUCAGUUGAAUUAUAAUCAAAUAAUAGGUGAAAUUUGCUACUGUUCAAAAUUGAUACUGAUAAACAUUUGCUUGGGUGUCGCAGUCAAAUGGGUGUUGGCUUUUCAAUCAUCUCAUCAUCAUCAUUGUCUCAUCUUUAUCAUCAAUCAAAACAAAUUACAAUAGUUCACGUAAUUGACUCUCUCUCUCAUCAUAUUCAUCUUUAAUUGUCCAUUCAUCAUUUAGCUUCUUUUAAUAAAUUGUCUCAAUUAAAACACUUUCAUCAUGUAAACUGAAUUAAUUGUUGAUCGAAACUUAAUAAACUUUCAAUUCUAAAGAA